GUUCCGUCUUAUUUUCAACAACAGCUGUUAUUUUUUAUGUUUAGCUCGAAAGAUGGAGUAUAUUUCUACACACAGCAGUGUUUCAAUACGUGACUUGAGCUCAAAUAUCACACGUCCUAAUGUGGUCGGGAUUGUCAUUGGAAAGACUGAUGCAAGAGGAUUCCCUGACAGGAAGAAUGUUGGUUCAGAGCGAUUCACUUUCAGCUUUACAAUUAAAGACUCCCCAGACCAUUUCAUUAAUGUAUCUUCAUGGGGCACUGAAGAAUACAUUCAAGGGCUUUGCAGCCAUGUCAAAAUAGGAGACUGUGUGGUCAUUGAAAAUCCUCUUGUUGUUACUAAAGAUCCAGAGAGAGAAGACAGAUUCUGCCCUUCAACCCCAAGUUUUUACAGAUUGUUGGUGACAGAAGCACACUCAGCUAUAAGAAUGUGUACAGAUUUAGACACCGAGAGCAGACUGCUUUCUCUGUUCCACAUACCAGUGAAGGACUCAGGGGAUUUCUACUCACUUGGAGACAUUACUGCAAAUGGACAAAGCCUAGACGGGAACUUCAUUAAUAUUCUAGCUGCUGUGCGAUCUAUCGGAGAGCCAAAGUACUUCACUACUUCAGAUGGGCGAAAAGGGCAGAAGCUAGAGAUUAAACUGUUUGAUGAAACUUUGUCAUCCUUCCCUUUUAUAUGUUGGGAUCGAGAAACAAUUCGGUUUGUGCAAACCCUGCCACCAAGAGAGACAGUGCUCUUCAUCGUGGAUGCUCGCAUCAGCUUUGAUACUUUUCGUAACUGUAUGGUGGCAACAGCUACCUCAAAAACAAUUAUAACUAUAAACCCUGAUACAUUAGAAGCCAACCAGCUCUUCAGUUAUUCCAAGGAAUUAUCAGAAAGUGAACAGCUAGAUGAGCAAGAAAUAGAAAUGAAUGUAAAUGUUCCCUUGGACACCAUUAGUGAUGUACUAACAGUGAGUCAAGUUAAAGCCAGAGCCGAAAAAAGCUCUGAAGCCUUUUAUGGUGUGAUAUAUGGCUUCAUCACCACUUUAAGAUUAGAUUCCUGCAUUACUAAAGUCAUUCGCAGCAGGUGUGACAGAUGCAAGUUUCGUGUACAUGAGGAGAUUGAGGUCUGCACUAACGCAGCAUGUCCAAGACAAGGACAAGCAGGUGAAGUUAGCGCAGCCUUCGAUCUUCUGGUGGAUAUCAGCGAUCACACAGGAACUCUGCAGGGCUGCAAUCUGUCAGGGGCGGUCGCUGACAAAACACUGGGAUGUACUUCUAAGGAGUUUGUGUGUUUCUCUGAGUCUGACCGGACAGCCAUGAAGUGGAGGUUUCUGCUGGAAAGAUGCAAAACAUAUAUAAAGGUGUUACCAUCAGCAAAAAGCAAAACUGGCAUGAGGACAAGCGUUCUGUCUUGUACCCUUGCUGAUCCAGUGGAAGUAAAGCAAAACAUGUCUGUCUUGACCAGAUGAGUGCGAGUGGGCUCACCAGUUGUUAAUAAUACACACAGGAAAUGAGAUCCAAUAGUGUUACUGUCACAAUAAUAUUACAGGCAAGGUUAAUGUUCAGUCUGUAACA